UCAGUACUCGUUCACUCGCUCGCUCGUUCGUUCGUUCGUUCGUUCGUUCGUUCGUACGCUCGUUCGUUCGUACGGUCGUUCGUUCGUUCGCUCGCUCGCUCGCUCGCUUGCUAGCUAGCUAGCUAGCUCGUUCACUCUUCCGCCGUCGGUCUCUAUCGUUUUCUUCUUCUGUCUCUCGUGCGCCCGCCAUUGAAGUAAUCAAGUAACUGCGAUGUGUGAUAAUACUAACACGACGACGCAGAGUAUAGCGGACUACCUGUCACAGUUACUAAAGGACAGAAAGCAGCUAGCUGCUUUCCCAAAUGUCUUCAUACACGUAGAACGACUGUUGGACGAAGAGAUAGCAAAGGUGAGGGCGAGCCUUUUCCAAAUCAGCGGCGUCAAAAAGGAGCCGCUGGUUUUGCCAGAACCCGAAGGCGAGGUCACAACGCUUAUGGAGAAGGUUUAUGUGCCGGUCAAAGAACAUCCAGACUUCAAUUUCGUUGGAAGGAUUUUGGGUCCUCGCGGAAUGACGGCGAAACAAUUGGAACAGGAAACCGGUUGCAAAAUAAUGGUACGAGGAAAAGGUUCGAUGAGGGAUAAAAAGAAGGAGGAACAAAAUCGGGGUAAACCUAAUUGGGAACACCUAACAGACGAAUUGCAUGUUCUAUUGACUGUCGAGGAUACGGAAAAUCGUGCGACCUUGAAGCUUGCUCGAGCCGUUGAGGAGGUCAAGAAGCUUCUCGUGCCCGUGCAGGCUGACGGUGAAGACGAGCUAAAAAAGAGGCAACUGAUGGAACUCGCCAUUAUAAAUGGUACCUAUCGAGAUUCCAAUACGAAGGUUGCCGCAGCUGCAGCCUUUGACAUUGCAGCCUGUGACGAGGAAUGGAGACGCGUGGCUGCGGCCGCAGCGGAAACGCAACGUCUUUUGCCUGGCUUGGCGACACCAAUGAGAACACCAAGUGCUCCAUUGGGAGCACCGUUGAUACUAUCCCCAAGGAUAUCGGUGCCAACCACUGCAGCAUCCUUGCUUAAUGGCUCGGGUCCCCCAGGAUCUCUUCUAUCAGCUGGUGAUCCACAUGGACUGAUCUAUACACCUUAUGCGGAUUACGCCAAUUAUGCUGCGUUAGCAGCCUCACCACUUCUCACCGAGUACGCCACUGCGGACCAUUCUGGUGCAGCAGCCGCUGCGAAGCAGCGUAGGCACCUGGGUCAGAUUCGUGAGCACCCUUAUCAAAGGGCUGGCGCUCUCUCGUGAAUUCGCAGAGAGCACAGAGAGUACUGUUUACGCCUACGCGCGGAAAGGCUUGGAGUGCUAACAAUGGAAUCCACUCGCCCCGUGCUAACACCUGGACUCUGGAACAGCAUCCGCGCGUUCGAUCGAUUCAUCAACCAGCCGACACCACCUUCGCCGUCCGCGUCACCAGCCCUGUUCGUCAAGCUUAUCCAUCCUGUAUCCUCUUGAUGUUCAAACAAAUUCGUAUUUUUCGUUAAUAGAUUAGAUAGUUAGAGAGAUAGACAGAUAGUCUAGUUAGUUAGUUAGUUAGUUAGUUAGUUAGUUAGUUAGUUAGUUAGUUAGUUAGUUAGAUAGAGAGUUAGAUAGAUAGGUAGAUAAAUGCAUACAUACAUACAUACAUACAUACAUACAUAUCUAUCUACAUAUACACAUACAUAAAUAUAUGUAUUUGAUUAGGAAGAAAAGUUCGUAGAGUUUUGCUAUUAUCGCGGUGUAUGAAGAAAAAAAAAAAAGAAAGAAGAAAGAAAGAAAGAAAGAAAAAAAAAAAAGAAAAAGGACACUCUACGAACUCUUGUUCCCAUCUAAUAUAUACAUAGAGUCCUUGGCUCUCUUAUCAUAUUAUUGGAAUUCUAAGAGAUAAUAUAAUGCAUAUAACACGUACUAUCAAAUCGGAUAUCGUUAUUAGAUCUUUUUCUCCGUCCGUUUGUCUGCGUUUAAUGAUAAUAUAUAUUACAUCUUCGUGUUAGGAUCGAACGUUUCAAAUGAUUUUAACAACAAAACCUAAGGACAGAUUUCGAGUUUGUUCAUUUACGUUUGAUCGAUCAUUUUUUCAUACGGACGAAUCAGAGUUGUUGCGCGCUUUUAAUUGUUCUCCCUUUUUUUUUCUUCUUAUUAUCGUUAUAAUUUUUCUUUUUCUUUUUUGGCUUUUUUUUUUUUUAUUCGUUAUCUCUCUUUGGUAUUUACAUAAACGACAACAACAACAACAACAACAACAACAACAACAAUAAUAAUAACUAUAACAACAUCAACAACAACAACAGCAACCCGGAUGUUUAUACUAAAUUAGAUGUCUGGAUCUCUUUUUAUUUAUUUAUUUUGUUCUAUUUUUUUUUCUUCUCUACAUUUUUUUUUCUUUUGCUUUUCUUCCUUAGGACAAAAUCCUAGCAGCAAAAUUAUCAUGAUAACGCUACUGAUAACUUUUGAAAUUAACGGUAUAGUCGAUGGUCGGUGAAAUCUAUGAAAAAUCAAUAAAAAAAGUAAUAUAUAUAUACACAUAUAUAUAUAUAUAUAUAUAUAUAUAUAUGUAUGUAUGUAUGUAUAUAUAUAUAUAUGUAAACAUAUUAAGAGAACAUUUUCCAUGAGCGGCGGCGAGAUUAUAAUAAAUAUUGGCUUUCCAGUACUUACCUGCUGAUGCAGCAACAUAAGAAAGCGAGCGACGGUAUCAACUUAAAAAAAAAAAAAAAAAAAAAAAAAAAAAAAAAAAAAAAAAAAAAAAAAACAAAAAAAGGAAAAAAAAGGAAAAAAAAAGAAAAAACAAAAAGAAAAAAGCAGAUCGUGUGGAAGACGUCAAUGAAUUUUAUUUUUUAUUUUUUUCUCUCUUCCCUUUUCUUUUUUCUUUUCUUUUCUUUUCUAAUCUCUAAUCUCUAAUUUCUAAUUUCUAAUUUCUAAAUAUAGCAAAGAGGUAUCACGCAAUAGCAAAUCUAUACGAAGAACUUAGGGAAAGCGAUUACAAAAUUAACUUUUAUAUUUCUGUGUUGGAUGAGAAUAUGUAAUAAUUAAAUUAAAACGAUUUUUAUUUAUAUUCGUUCAGUCCUGUUAAAAAAAAAAAAAAAAGAAAAAAAAAAGUAAAAAAUGAACGAGUCGAUAUUAUAUACAAAGUAUAUAAAUUGUGCCAAAAUUCAAAGUUAAUAUUGAUACAGAAUUAUAAAAACAGAUGUAUUUCUCUCUUUCAUUGAUAUUUUUUUUUUUUUUUUUUAAUUAUUAAUGAUUAUGCUAUAUUUCAAUGUGUCAAAUUACAAAAUCUAAUAGCAAACGCUAAAAAGAUAUAUAAAUAUCCUUGUUCAUUAACAAAUGAAAUUUAUAUGCAUAUUGUAUAUUACGACCAUAAAUAGUCAGAUAUAUAUUAGUAUAUAAAAUACUUUUUUUUUUUUUUUUUUUUUUUUUUUUUUUAUUAUAAACGGCGAAUCAAAGUAAUUAUAAUAUCGUUAAAUUUUGUUGAGUUUAUAGAAACUUCCCAGAUGACAAUUUUUAUGUUGAUCUUAAUAAUCAUUUCAAAACAAUAGGGGCAAUUCAAGAGGCAUAUGCUUUUUAAUGCGUAUGAUAAUGCGACGAGAUGCAGAGUGGGUAAUAAUAAUAUGAAAUAAAAAAUAGAUCUGUUGUUAUCACUUUUUGCUGCAAAAUUAUUAAUAUUAUUAUUAAUAUUAUUAUUAUUAUAUUAUUAUAUUAUAUUAUAUAUUAUUAUAUUAUAUUAUAUAUUAUAUUAAGAUAUAUAAAUACAUGUAUGUAAUAUGUUCAUAUGUGCAGGAGAGCGAUUGCGUGAGAGAUUGAUUUACUUAAUAUUGAUUAACAUCAUAUAUUAAUUUGCACUCUGUUGAAUUUUAGGUCUGCCAUAUGUAUAUGUAUUUGUAAGAGUUUUUAGUAUAUGUUAAUUUCUUUGUAUAGUUAA